CUAUCUCUAUGGGUCAGGGACAAGAAGUUCAUGCACGCAAGCUAACUCAGACGUCAAUGCAGCAGGGGGGCUGGGUGUUACUUCAGAACUGUCACCUAGGCCUGGAUUUCAUGGAUGAACUACUGGAAACAGUUGUUACUGCAGAGAUUCCUAAUGAGACCUUUCGAGUUUGGAUAACCACUGAGCCACAUGACAAGUUCCCAAUUACACUGCUACAGAUUUCUAUAAAGUUCACAAAUGAACCUCCCCAGGGUGUACGUGCAGGUUUGAAAAGAACAUUUUCAGGAAUUAAUCAAGACCUGCUAGAUGUCAGCAAUAUGCCUAUGUGGAAACCUCUGCUUUACACUGUAGCUUUCCUACAUUCCACUGUACAGGAGCGGCGCAAGUUUGGCCCUUUGGGUUGGAAUAUUCCCUAUGAAUUCAACUCUGCUGACUUUACAGCCAGCGUUCAGUUUAUACAGAAUCACUUAGAUGAAUGUGACAUCAAGAAAGGUAUAUCAUGGAGCACAGUACGAUACAUGAUUGGAGAAGUACAAUAUGGAGGUCGAGUCACUGAUGAUUAUGAUAAGCGUCUUCUUAAUUGUUUUGCAAGGGUGUGGUUCAGUGAAAAGAUGUUUGAGAGCACAUUUUGUUUCUACACUGGAUAUAAAAUCCCAGUAUGCAAAACUCUGGAUCAGUAUCAGGAGUACAUUCAGACCCUCCCUGCCAUGGAUAGCCCAGAAGUCUUUGGUCUUCACCCAAAUGCUGACAUCACAUAUCAGAGUAACACCGCAGCCAAUGUUCUUGACACCAUUACCAAUAUUCAACCUAAGGAAAGUGGAGGUGGAGCAGGAGAAACUCGUGAAGCCAUUGUAUACCGAUUAGCUGAAGAUAUGCUGGACAAACUGCCUCCUGAUUAUGUACCCCAUGAGGUGAAAGCCCGUUUAAUAAAGAUGGGACACCUUAAUUCUAUGAAUAUUUUUCUUCGUCAAGAAAUUGACCGAAUGCAAAAGGUUAUUACAAUACUCCGAAACAGUCUGAAUGAUCUUAAGUUAGCCAUAGAAGGAACCAUUAUUAUGAGUGAGAAUUUGAGAGAUGCACUUGAUAAUAUGUAUGAUGCUCGAAUUCCUCAACUGUGGAAAAGGGUAUCUUGGGAUUCUUCAACACUUGGAUUCUGGUUUACUGAACUCCUGGAAAGAAAUACUCAGUUCCAUACCUGGAUAUUUGAAGGGAGACCAAAUGUAUUUUGGAUGACUGGAUUCUUUAAUCCACAAGGAUUCCUGACAGCAAUGAGACAAGAAGCAACUCGAGCGCAUAAAGGCUGGGCGUUAGAUACAGUUACAAUACAUAAUGAAGUUUUAAAGCAAUCUAAAGAAGAAAUCACAACACCCCCUAAUGAAGGGGUUUAUAUUUACGGACUGUACUUGGAUGGCGCAGGCUGGGACAGACGUAAUAGUAAACUCACUGAACCUAUACCAAAGAUUCUCUUCACAGUACUCCCUGUGGUGCACAUAUUUGCUGUUAACACAACUGGUCCCAAGGAUCCCAAACUCUAUGUUUGUCCUAUUUACAAGAAACCCAGGAGGACGGAUCUGACCUACAUCACUGUGAUCUAUUUAAGGACAAUCGUAUCUCCAGAUCACUGGAUACUGAGAGGAGUGGCACUCCUGUGUGACAUCAAGUAA